AACACGCCCCCAUCGAUGCAAUGUCAAACACAACUGUACUCCGAUCUACAUCUUCGUGUUAGUGCUUACGGGGAUUUAAAUACUUAAACAUACUACUCACACUCAAGCUAGAUUAUUAAUUCACAAAAAAAAUCAUAUUCGCUAAAAAUAACCUUUGCGCAGAUGAAAUUUUGGGAUUUUGAUCUACAAGGAUUUAUAAUCGAUUUUGGUUUCGGUAAACAAGUUUUAAACACAAACGAUCAGAAAACUGCGGCUUGGACUAUCGACAGCGAUUUUGCGCCUUCAUUAACAUGCACUGGAUGCUUACGUUUCUGGAACAUCUCUUCCGUGUAUGAUUUUCCUGCGGUUGUGAAGUACAUCUGUCAACGGCUGCCGAAGACGUAGAUGCGUUUUUUCCCUAGCUGACCAGUCAUGCAUAAUGCCAUCAGACGAGGCACACGUAUGUAGCGCCGUCUCGUGGAGUUAGUUGGCUGGUUCCAACAUUGGUGAAAUAUCGUGCUUUUGUGAUCAAUUCAUAACUUCUGCAUGGAAUAACCAUUAUUGAAGUGGAUGAAAUUUACUCUUUGGAUUAUUUUUUAAAAUAUCACGGAUGAGUAUCAAUAGCGUAUGCGAAUCAUAUUUAGGCCUACUGGGUGAACAUUGAAAACGGCAUAUUUGACAAAUAAGCACAUUGACUCAUCAGACAAUUGUAGUAUGAAUAAUCGCAUUGAGAGUUGCCAAUUCUGUCAGAAGCUGGCGAGUUACAUUCUCUGUCGAAAACUGUGGCCAUCCUUAUGCCACAGCGUUUCCUGUUACCUCAUCUUAAAGCUGUCUACUGCCAUAAAUAAUUGAACCCGGAGAUCACUGUGAUCUUAAAAAAUAUUCCAUUGCAGCAACGUAAUUGCGUGGAUUUUAACGUAUUAUAAAAGACAGAUGAUCCUACAUUUAAGGAAAUAUUAUAUACGCCUUUCAUGACUGUGUUUCACAUCGACGUUAAAGGAGUUACUCUGUAAAAAUAACGCCUAUAACGUUUAUAACUUUUUUUUAUGUUGUCUGAACGCAAACAUACACCGUAAUGGGCGCAACACAUGGUAAGCCACGCCCUACAGUGCGAUCGGUUAUUGACGUAGCUGACCAAUCAGAUGACGUUAUUGAUGUGAUUGAUUUGGAAUAUUCUGAUUAUUUUGAUGAUGUGUUUGAGGAUAACGAACCGGUGAAAAAUGGAACAAUCCAGAAAUUACGUUUGUGGGAUCUUCCCUAUUCGUCUCCGACAAAGAACGGAAAGAGAUCCGCAAGUGAAAAUGGAGGAGUUGCAUUCACACGACGAGGUCUUUACUCAGAAUCAGACAUCAACCCUCCCAAGCCAGAAUAUGGCACAAUCCUCAACCACGGCCGUAAGAGGAUCCAGUCCGCCAAGGAAGUUCGCAACAAUUCGAAGCGAUCUAGUCUAUUAAGAAAGAUAUUUACCAAAGCUGAGAAAAAAUCCGAUCCUGAUUCAGAUAUUUACCAAGCGAACUCCUUUCACAGACUUUGUAUCCCCUCAUCUAACGCGAUGGGAACCUGUUGCAGUACCUCACAGAAUCCAUCCAGUUAUUCUAAACAACAGAGUGAGAACUUCUCUCGGACGUUCCCACAUAAAAGAGAAUUUGAAGGAGUGACGCGCAAUCCGACACGAUCGCGAGAUAAAAACUCUUGUACAGAAAAUGACAAAAAUCGAUCAAAUGUUGUCAGGGUUGGUGAUGAUAAUGAUGUAGGUAAUCAAAAUGGACGGAACUCGGCCGACAUUUGGGUAGGCCAUGGAACUCCUAAACGAAAUGGAGAUGCUCGUAAGAAGCUAACUGAGGAAUGGGUUUCAGGUGAUGAUAACAAGCCACGUAGGUCGAGGCCUUUUCCACGAUCGAUUGUUGUUAAUAAUGAAACAGAGGAGAGGGAUACCAAUUUUGGAGUUAGGAAAGCGCAAAUGCAACCACAAGUCUCGAGACAUCGGAAAUUAACACCCGCCGUUCCUUUGACAAUACCAGUAUUUAAAGCUCAAAUGCCGAGUACACUACCACCGGUCGGUGAUGUUGAAGAGUUAGAAUAUGGACGUGAUGACAGUCGGAGUAGUAGAUCAAGCAAUAGCACACCGACCAAAGUUAAACCCAUACCACCUUCGAUCCAAUAUCAUUCCAUUUCACCACCAUGCUCAUCUAGUUGGCCAAGCCUCUCAAACGGUGGUAACUACCCUCAUAUACCACCUUCAACCCCGCCUCAUAGACGUAUGUUGUGUCCCUCACCAAAGCACUUGCAAGUCACGUCUAGGCAAAACUACGAGAUACCUAAACGGAAACUAGUGCGCAAACUCACUCCUAUAAUUCUAGAAGUGCCGAAGAAUUUGGAAGGUCGGAACCACAGCAUUUCCGACGACGAAGAGGAGUCAAACGAGUUUUUUCAAAAUGGAGUGUAUGGAUACGAGAGCAUGGUUGAAAGAGUGCCUAAAACGAACGGAUUGAGUGAUGAGUAUAAGGAAGAGCUUAAGAACACAGUGGACGAGUUAAUUGACCAACUGUCGCCUACAAUUAUGGGUGACGAGUUUGUCGACAGACCUUUUGGACGACCGUCUCCGUCAUAUUGGCAUCGGCAAUCUAGCGAGGCGGGCAACUUCGUGUUUCCGGAUGUACGAGUCAAUGGCAAAUUAGAAAUGAUUCCGCCGUUCAAUGGAAUCAACGGCGACGUGUCUCCGUCGAUGACACCGUUAAACAGUAAAGUUCAUCGAAGAAAGAUAACGCCGGCGCCUUCUGCUCACCCGCCUCUGUACAAAUUUGAUCCAACACAAAUGAAAUUCAGUUCAUCUGCAUUUGCUGAAGAUGAAGAAUUAUUAUAGUAACGAAUACAUCAGUUAAAAUGAAAACAGAAAAACUAAGUGCAUUUAAUUGAUGUUUCAUUGACGUAUGUAUUGACAAUUGUGUUUGGACGGUAACGAAAGCACGACUUGCGUUUAAUGUCAACCGCCGACGUAAAGUGAUAUAUAUUUUACGACAGAACAUAUUGGAUCCGUUUGAGUCAAACAAUUACAGCACAUUGUGAAUUUAAACAGAUCAAUGAUAUCACAAAGAAUGUACGAUCAUCAGCAAACAUCGGAUCCACCGGGACGUCUAGCAAAGACGUCAAAUCUUACUCAGAUAUUAUUUUUUUUAUAUAUACACUGUAGGAAAACAAACCGAAUGUUUACACACCACGAGUGGCUUAUAAGUAUUGCUAUAACAACAGGUUAUCUUUAGCAUUAGUUGCAAGAAUUAAUCGUUAAAACAAUAAUUGUUCUACCGUCCUCGAUCACUAAUGGGCUUUACAAAAGUUUUACAAUGUAAUCAAAUGGCAGAAAAAAUGAUAUGAAGUAAUUUCUGGCCUUUUGGUUCAGACCUUUUAGAAAUUGACUGGACAUUUAAAAGCCUCGUCAUAGAAAUGCGUUACUAAAAUACGUACGGGUGUUAUGCGCUGCUUGUCAGCCAUUGACAGGAAGAAAAGCUCAGGGUUUUUACACUUCUAAAAGAAUUAUUGUGGGCUCUCCUAAUUCGCAUAUCGUAAUAUAUUCGCCUAUCUUAUUGUAUAUAUAUCAUAUUAGUUUGUAUAUAAUUGUACUCAUUAUAUCGGCCUCAUUUCAUAUCAGGUGUAUGCGAAAUUAUUAGAAGAUGAAAUCUAUUCGAUUAUGUCAAUGUAGAAAUUAGAAAGUCAAGGGUGCUACAUGUGUAUUUGUCUCGUAGUUUAAUCUUCUGAUAUAAAAAAAAAUUAAAUGUAUUGUUCGAGGAGAUAAAGUCAAAAACAAAAUCCUCUGCCCCUUAAUGAAACAUAUUGAAAUUAAAAGAUCGUGUAAUGAAUUUGAACAAGCAAAAUAUUUUUGCCUUAAAUAUCGCUUCAUCGUUAUCGUUGUCACACCGUCGUCGUCAUUAUCAUCAUCGUACUAAACAUCAUCAUUAUCAAACAUGACAGGAAUCUUUACCUGCAUGUUAUCUGUGCCAUCAUUAAUACUCAUCUUCGACAAACAUCAUAAUUAUUUCUUAAUAUAUUUCAUACAAUUUUUAAAUGAAUUAUUAGGAGUAUAACCAUUUAGCUAGAGAGUUGACAGUUUUUAAUAAUUUAACUGUAUUUUAUUUAACAACCUUUACUUACAUUCUUCAUCUGUUUGCAUGUAUUGAAUUGUCUUGUAUUUUAGUUUUUUAAAGAGGGCCCAGAAUAUCAGCUGACCUCCUUAGUUGGAAGGGUCACCCACUUCAAAAAUGGUUUAAAUAUUAAAAUAAAAAAUAAAACAUUGAGAUCACAUUAUUGUUAUCAAUUACAAAUAAGGAAUUUUAAAGAACUAUCUAAAAAAUACUAUCAUCCUUUUAUUUGUUUAUUCAUAUUUUAUUAAAUAUUUACACACCAACAGUUAUAUAAUAUUAAAAACAGAUAAAUACACAUUAUAUUUUCAUUAUAUACAAUAACAUCUUUGAUGCCAUUUACAAGACAAUAAUCAAUAAUAAGUUAUAGUAAUUAUUAUUCAAUUUCAAAAAUUGAUGAAAAAUGCCAAUAAUCUAUAAUUAUAAUAAAAACAUAAUACAAUAAAAUACUUUAUCAUCAAUACAUAUAUUUGCAAAUACUAAUAAUUGAUAAUUGAUUACCAGUACAAAUAUUCGAUAUUCAAAUAUAUAAUAAAUUGAACUACUCUUACUCAAACAACAGCCUUGUUCACUUGUUAUAAUGUCCAGCCCUAUGCUUUACCAAGUUGUAUAUUUUAUGACAAAGUUUUAAAACCCUAUAAAAUCGUAGACUACAGUUUAAGACAUUGCAAUGCAUUUGCCAAGAUGUGUAUUCGUCGUGGUUUCAUUUAUCAUAGUUUAUAUUUAGCUGUGGCUGAAUGUUUUCUGAUUAAACCAACUGAUUGAAUGCUGGAUCCAGGGUAACGUAAUCCUUACAGUUCUAUCAGGGAUUUAAUGACUCAGUUAAAUAUAGCCUGCCUUUAUUUAUCUAUAUAUGAGUACAUACAGAUGUUUUAUUAUGUGAUACCUCUCCUUUACUUCUAUGUUCAUAUGCUGAAACUAAAGAGUUUGUAAAAAUCAUUAGGAGGAACAAUAUUUUAGAUGUAUUAGAUGUUUUGUGCCUUUCCACAAUUAAAAGAAAGACAUACUGCCUUAAAAAA